CCACACCCAAAAAUCACCUGAAAUAGGCGUGGCUCACACAUAGUAAAUUUUAAGAUGGCGUCCAAAAGGACAUUAUCAGACAUAGAAAAGGAAGAUGGAGGAACAAGAAAGAAAGUCCUAAAGUUUAGAAACUAUAAUCCUCACACAGAAGACCUGAAGGAGAAAAAACUAAAAAGAACUAUGCCGGAAUCAAUUGAAAAUCAAGUAUCAGAACAAAUUGAGGCGGGUGGACAUUCUCAAGUUGAGGAAGUGAAUUUAUCUAACCUGGCACCUAAGAAAGCUAACUGGGAUUUAAAGAGAGAUACAGCAUCAAAGUUGGAAAUACUCGAAAGACGGACACAGAAAGCAAUUAUUGAGUUGAUUCGUGAAAGAUUAAAGGAGGAUGGUGAAGGAUUAGCAUCUGCAGUUGCUGCACAAGGAGAAGAGUAUGGACAUGACGAUGACACACAAGAUUAACAUAAAAAUAAUCAUCAUUAUUGAAAUUGGGCCAUGAUUAAUGUGGGUGUA